AGCGCCUGGCUGGCCGCUGCCUCAGUUUCCCCGUGCCGCAGCCAUGUGGAUGGUGUCACCGCCGGUCGAUGAAGGAUCUCACCAGCUUGCCUGGCUUUGGGACCACGGCAAAGGUAUCUUCCAGUACACCAAGAAGCUGUUCCUGAGCAGACCAGUGGGACGGGCACAGGCGCUGGAGUUCAUCCGGAAAAAUGCGGCCAACGCGCUCUCCAUGGCAAACCUGAUUGUGGGGCUUUCCUCCAUCCUCAGCAGCCUCAACAGGCAGUACCACUGCUCCUGCUGGCUGCUCCUGGUGGGCUUCCUGCUCGAUUUGGCUGACGGAGCCGUCGCCCGGCAGCUCAACGCCUGCUCAGCGCUGGGAGCCAAGCUGGACGACUUCGCCGACUUCACGUCCUUCGGGCUGGCCACGGCACUGCUGCUGCAGCCACGCGGCAUGCUGGACGGGCUGCUGGCCAUUGUCUAUGUGCUGGCCGUCUUCGCCCGCCUCUGCUUCUUCUCCAGCGGGAUCCCCUUCACCUACCGGGGCUUGCCAUGCCCCUAUGCUUCCUCGCUGCUGGCCAGCACCUUCCUGCUGACGGGCGGCCACAUCACGCUGCUGCGCAUCGCUGCUAUCGCCAUGGUCCUCUUCAUGGUUGACCGCGGCUUCUACCCCCAUGACAAAGUGCUGGAAUCGCAGAGCUGGAAGAAAGUGAUCUAUGCUGGAGGCAUUGUGGCUGUCCUGUUCUCACCCACGACGGUCGCUCCCAUCUACUACCUCGCCUGGUCAGCGUCGUACAUCUUACUCCCCUUUGCCAUCUGGAGCUGCAAAGCCUAAUAGCCAAGAGGCGGCAGCCCCGGCGAGGACCGCUCCGCCUUAACCUCCGCCGAAUGCGUAGUAAAGCUCUCCUCUGCCUCACUCUCGGGUGCCAGCGCCAGGCUGUCUCACCCCCCACCUUCAUGAGCUCUUCCCAGGAAGGAGAGCCAUAGCAGCAGACUCCAAACCCAGCAGGCGCAACGCCGCAGCCCCACAGGGCUUCCCACUACAGCAGAGCCUGCUUAGAAAACAGCUGAGCUCCCACAGAAGGGAACUCUCGGCACCAGCAGAGAUCAAGCCAGGCUCCAACCCGUCCUGCGCACCCGUACCCCCCGCCAGAACAACAACAGCCCUGUACCAGGGCUCACCCCACUUCCCAGGGGACCACCCCCCGGGUGCCUCCUGCCAGUCCCACCAGCUGGGACUCAGAUGGAGGAGACCGGCGGUGUGACCAACGCAUUCCCACUGUACAUAGUAAUUUAUUGCGAGGGCACAAUUGCAGCGGCUUUACAUCCCCCAAAUCCUCGCCAUGAGGAGAAAGCGGCCCCCGCAGCAGGCAGCCCAUGGCGGGAUGGGAGAUGGCCACCCAUCGCACCUGAGGGUGCCCCAUUUCCUUGCAAAGAUCAGCCCUAAGGCACAGGGAGCGCUCCGGUAUUUAUUUCUGACGUGUCACCAUAGGGAAAUAAUAUCUGAAGUGUGA